CUCAGCCGUCAAUCGUGCAACUGUCACAACUCCAACAAACGAACGAUACCCACGACCGAACGAACCCAUCCGCGAACCCUCACCUUUUGCAACGCAAUUCGACCUAGAAUAACCUCACGCAAUCUAGCACGACUCUCCAAACAAACUCCAAUCCGGCAAGAUGUUGAUCAAGGUGCGGACGUUGACCGGAAAGGAGAUUGAGCUCGACAUCGAGAACGAGUACAAGGUCUCGCAGAUAAAGGAGAAGGUCGAGGAGAAGGAGGGCAUCCCCCCAGUUCAGCAGAGACUGAUCUAUGGCGGCAAGCAAAUGGUUGACGACAAGUCCGCAUCCGAGUACGGCCUCGAGGCUGGUGCCACGCUGCAUUUGGUCCUUGCCCUGCGCGGCGGCAUCUGAUUCGGUUGCUCGGAGAGAAUGAAUACUGACCGAGAGGGAAACGUCUCGGGGACUCCCUGGCACCUAGGUUAAGGGCACAUCACUAGAGUGGCGGGGCUAUUAAUGGAAUGUGCCAGGGUGCCAGGUCGUCUUCGUCCGAGGGGAAACAGCUGUUGCGGCCGCUGCCACUGGGUCCGGAGCAAUGCGAUGGCGGAGACCUGCACUUGGGCGUCAAAUCUACGCAGGGUUUAGUUCGCGCAGACACAUGCAAUAGUCAAAGCAUGGCGAUAGAACAUCCGCCCAUUAAGAACAAGUUUCGUUUGACCAUCGCACUGCCGUAGAAGUAGAAUGAAAUUUCGCACUUGUAUAUAUAUAUACAAAUAUGUAACUCGAGGCUAGCCCGUUGGGCAUGUUCAAGCACGUUACAUAUCUAAGCCCAAACCUAGGCCGAUGCUAUUGCCUCCAUCUCGUAGGCAAGAAGUACCUUCUGAUGCAAGUGGGUAUUUACCAUAUCCCGCCGACGCCCAAAUCCUAAUGCCGCAUGGCAUAUCCGUGUCCCAACGCCCGUAAGUUACAAAUCUUCAAAAAUCAUUUUCCAUAUCCCUAUU